GCAGGGUGAGUGCUAUGAAGGAUCCUUAGGACGGAUAGGUGAGUACUAUGGUUCCGGUUAAGCUACGUCCCAAGGAUCCCGCAUAAGCACUGAUCAGAGAGGAAGAGGCGACGCCUCUUGUUUUUUCUGCCUAAUGAAGAAAAAGUCCAUAUUGAAAUGGCGUCAGUCACUGCUCGUGGUAUGACCCUUUGCAUCUUGGCGCUGUUAAACUUUGUCUUCGUUUUUAUAACCGGUGCAGACUUUGUUCGUUUUAUCUCAUUUCGAGCGAUAUAUCAUAACAUCACUGGAGAGUCGCCACUGUGUCAAGACUCUGUACCAUGGUCUGUAGCUUUGCGGGACAGCUCUGUUCUCAAGUCUGUGGUUGUGGAUCUGGGGCUUCUGGCUCUUUUUACUGUCCAGCACAGCCUAUUGGCCUGGGCUCCAGUCAAGCAGGCCUGUCAGUCUGUCCUGGGGGUACUGAACCGGGCUAUGUACUGCUCAACCACUGCUCUGGCUCUCCAGAUAUUGAUGCAUUACUGGCAGCCUGUGACGGAUGCACCCUGUCUGUGGUCAGUACGUAAUGCCCCAUGGAAUACCUGGUUCCCGCUGCUCUGUUUCACCCUGCACUUCCUCUGCUGGUCCAUCAUCUGCAGUAUACUGCUGAUAUUUGACUAUCCUGAACUACUGGGCAUCAAGCAGGUUUAUUAUGAGUGCCUUGGUUUGGGAGACCCUCUGGCUCUCAAGUCCCCCCGGGCUCAGCGUCUCUUCGCCCACCUGCGUCACCCCGUGUGUGUGGAGCUGGCUGUGGUGCUGUGGCUCCUCCCUGCCCUGCCCCUGGACAGGCUGCUGCUGGCGGGGAGUCUGUCGGCCUACCUGGCCCUGGCUCACUCCCUGGAUACGCAGGACUGUGCCUACCUCAGUGUCCAGCUGCAUAGCAAACUGCGGCUCUUCUCUUUGCCACAGGAUGUCACUGCUCAGAACAAUGACAACCACAAGCAAGAGUGAAUUGAAGUCAUGGGUGUUGUAAGCUAGGUUUCCAUCCAAUUGCCAAAACAUAAGAAUAUUCUUAAAAUCCACAUUAAAACAAUAUGCACAUUUUCACACCAAAGAUGUUUCCAUCAAAUUGACUUGUUGGGGAUUAAAUGCCUUUUGCGGUUAAAUUCCGAUGUACAGAAUAUUUUAAAUAAAAUAAAAAAAAGUUAAAUGGGUUUCCAUCGCAUUUUAAACUCUACUGAUUUUAUUCUCACACAAAAAUUGGCGUUAUACGGCGUGGACUUUACUCACAUAAAAAGGUUGGAUGGAAACCUGGUUAUAGAGAGCAAUAGUAAUGGCAUCUUUUUGAAGGCACUAACUCCGCCAUAGCUCGUUGGUCAAAGCCUAUGGGGAAAGGAAUGUUUUUUUUUUGUCUCAACGCCGAAAGUAAAGUCUGUGGUAAACACCGGUUUAGGUGAUCUUAUAGGUUUUGUUCUAUUAGAAUAUCUUCAUCAGCUAAUGUCAAUUUAUGUUAAUUUAAAGCAUUUAUGUAAUCAAAACAAGCACGUAAAUUCCAAUUUCCAUUGAAAAGUUUCCGAAUUGAAAAACAUUGGAAGAGAAUUGGCGUUAGGAUUUCAUUGUACUUUUUGAAAUGACUGGAAUUGAAAUGGAUUUGACCCCAACCCUGGUAAUCUCAUAGAACAAAAUGUGUAAGAUCUUCUAAGUCUGUGUUAACCUCAGACUCUAUUUCUGGUGUUUAUCCCAAAACCCCAUUCUUUCCCCAUUAAUAUCUCUUAUAGGAAUGGCUGAAUGAACCAAAGGUAACUCAUUUCAAUUUUUUGGGGGACUACAAGCUGGCGAGCUUUAUUACUACACAUACAUGAAUGGGAUCAGAUGGGUUGUUUGUAUGGCUGCACACAGCAAUUGACAAAAGUACACACUGCUGUUGUUUGUUAACUUCACUUGGUAGGGGUAACGCUGUUGAUUUUAGAAAAUGAUCAGAUUCAGAACGUCUGUAAAUAUAUCACCAAGAAUUUACGCAUAGCUUUUAACAUCAAUGUAUUUGUGAGUAAUUACUCAGAAUAUAUAUAUUUUUUUAUCUAAAAGAGUAUAUUUUUUUAUAGCCUAUGAACAUAAAAUUACAUUUUACAUUCCACCACCAAGUGCUAACUCAUAGAGAUCCUAUUAAAUUACUAGAAGGGCUAUGUCAUAAACCAUCAUACUUCCAGAAUGGUGUAAAAUGGCAGCCAUAUUGGUCAGGGAGAAAUCCAAACCUGUCUAACUGGAAUGAAUGGCAGUAGAGGUACAAUCCUGAUUUUACUUAUGCAGGAAAAUAAAAGUAAGGCAUAUGACAUAAGAAAUUGUGUAAUAGAAUUAUUGUCAACAUAAAUAUUGUCAUAAUUAUAAAUUCAGUUUAUACAGGGUUUCUACACAUUUUCUGUAUAAAUAGCCUCUAAAAUAUAUGUAAACAGACCAUAAAUGUCUCCUUCGGAAGCUGUGAGUUCUAUUAUAUGAUACAAUAUCAGUAGGCUACUUGUUGCAUUUACAACUUGUCUAAGUCCUAUCAUCAACUGAUUUCAGCUAGUCUAUGGUUGUGGGAUGUUGGCAUAUUGGCAGUUAAUUUGAGGAAGAAAAUCCUUCCGCUAAAACUGGCUGGCUACCUAGCUAACAAACACAGUGCAGAUAAAUUCUUUUUGACACUAUUUUAUCACUUCACUGGCAAACCAUGGUUGACCAACCAGUGGCGGUUCUAGACCAUUUCAACUGGGGGGGCCAAGCUGGGGCCAGUUGUGCUGUUAGAGGGGCCAGUUAUUGUUGUCAUAUCGUUUUCUUCACUGCAUUGCAGGCAUUAGCAGGCAAAAGACCAUGUUCAUAAUCAUCAUUUUUGCCACUGUCUAAUAACGGAUAUAACGGAUGUAAAAGAACGAUAGCAAACAUUUGAUGUAAAAAUGAUUUCAUACUCCACAUUUAGGGGGGCCACAAGGGGGUCCAUUGUUGUCACAGGGGCACUGCCCCCGCCCAGAACCGCUAGUGUGACCAACCUCCUGACAAAAAUGGUUGACCUAUAUCCCAUCAUAAGGUUCAUGGCCAUUCUAGUAUUCUAAUCAUAUAGGCCAACUGCUGUUCCACACUGUAUUAUUGUCAAAAUUGGAUUAUGUCAGUGCUACAUUUUGCUGUUGUCUUUCGUUUUUUGUAUUUGUCCUGUUCCUUUCCUAUGCCCCCCACACACACAUUCUGUCACAUUUUGAGGGUGUCUUUGUCUUAUCCUUUUCUCUCCAUCAUCAUUGUUUUAUUGCGCUGUGUCCUUGAUAUAUCCUUUGUGUUGCAGUAAAUCAAUGUAUAAGAACUUCAAUAGCUGAAUUCCUUCUAAUUCCAAUAGAUUCAUUGUAUUGUGAGCAUGGAUUAUAGGAGAGGAUAAGGUAUUCAUUGUUUAAUUAUUUUAUAUAGGUCUAAUUACAGUAUAUAUUUUUUUAACUACAUGGAUUCAUUUAAUAAGAUAUUAUAUAGGUGGAACUACCUUAGAGCAAACUGUUCAUGGGAUGCCAUAUUUUCAUCAGUUUGGUACCAACACAAGUUCUUUGUUACACUGGAACAAAUUAUAAGCAACUAAAACAAAAUAUCUCAAUAAAUGCAAGCCAUAAUGCA